CCGCCCCGCCCCGCCCCGCCGCGGGCUAUAAGUUCAGGCCGCCCGCGUCGCCGGCCAGUGGUCCGCACCGGCAGGGUCCCGCCGCAGUGACCUUGGAGGAGCGCCGUCCCCCCUUGACCAUGGCCGAGGAUUUGGUUUUGGAGAGGUGUGACUUGGAGCUGGAGGCCAACGGCCGCGACCACCACACUGCUGACCUGUGCCAGGACAGGCUGGUGCUGCGGCGGGGCCAGGGCUUCUGGCUGACGCUGCACUUCGAGGGCCGUGGCUAUGAGGCCAGCGUGGACACCCUUACCUUCAGCGCCGUGACAGGCCCCAACCCCAGCGAGGAGGCAGGGACCAAGGCCCGCUUCCAGCUGGCUGACACCCUGGAGCAGGGGACCUGGACGGCCUUUGUGGCGGACCAGCAGGACACCACCCUCUCCCUGCAGGUCAGCACCCCGGCCAACGCGCCCAUCGGCCUGUACCGCCUCAGCAUGGAGGCCUCCACCGGCUACCAGGGCUCCAGCUUCGUGCUGGGCCACUUCACCCUGCUCUUCAAUGCCUGGUGCCCAGCCGACGCUGUUUACCUGGACUCGGAGGAGGAGCGGCAGGAGUAUGUGCUCACCCAGCAGGGCCUCAUCUACCAGGGCUCGGCCAAGUUCAUCAAGAGCGUGCCUUGGAACUUUGGGCAGUUUGAAGACGGGAUCCUGGACAUCUGCCUGAUGCUCUUGGAUAUCAACCCCAAGUUCCUGCAGGACGCCAACCAGGACUGCGCGGGCCGCAGCAGCCCAGUGUAUGUGGGCCGCGUGGUGAGCCGCAUGGUGAACUGCAACGAUGACCAGGGCGUGCUUCUGGGACGCUGGGACAACAACUACGGGGACGGCGUCAGCCCCAUGUUCUGGAUCGGCAGCGUGGACAUCCUGCGGCGCUGGAAGGACCACGGCUGUCAGAACGUCAAGUACGGCCAGUGCUGGGUCUUCGCCGCCGUGGCCUGCACAGUGCUGCGCUGCCUUGGAGUCCCCUCCCGUGUGGUGACCAACUACAACUCGGCGCACGACCAGAACAGCAACCUGGUCAUCGAGUACUUCCGCAACGAGCUCGGGGAGCUGGAGAGCGACAGGAGCGAGAUGAUCUGGAACUUCCACUGCUGGGUGGAGUCGUGGAUGACCAGGCCGGACCUGGAGGCGGGCUACGAGGGGUGGCAGGCCCUGGACCCCACGCCCCAGGAGAAGAGCGAAGGGACAUACUGCUGUGGCCCGGUCCCCGUUCGUGCCAUCAAGGAGGGUGACCUGAACACCAAGUACGACGCCCCUUUUGUCUUCGCUGAGGUCAAUGCAGACGUCGUGGACUGGAUCCGGCAGGAGGAUGGCUCCUUGCACAAGUCCGUCAACAAUUCCUUGGUGGUGGGGCUGAAGAUCAGCACCAAGGGCGUGGGCCGCGACGACCGGGAGGACAUCACCCACACUUACAAGUACCCCGAGGGGUCCCCGGAGGAGAGGGAAGCUUUCACCAAGGCCAACCACCUGAACAAACUAGCCGAGAAGGAGGCGGCUAAGGAGACGGAGGUGGCCAUGCGGAUCCGCGUGAGCCAGAGCAUGAACAUGGGCACUGACUUUGACGUCUUUGCCUACAUCACCAACAACACCCCCGAGAACCGCGAGUGCCGUCUCCUGCUCUGCGCCCGCACCGUCAGCUACAACGGGGUGCUGGGGCCCGAGUGUGGCUCCAAGAGCCUGCCCGACCUGACCCUGGAGCCCUUCUCAGAGAAGAGCAUCCCCCUCCCCAUCCUGUACGAGCAGUACCGGGACUUCCUGACCGAGUCCAACCUCAUCAAGGUGCAGGGCCUCCUCAUCGAGCCGGCGGCCAACAGCUACGUGCUGGCCCAGAGGGACCUCUACCUGGAGAACCCAGAGAUCAAGAUCCGGAUCCUGGGAGAGCCCAAGCAGAACCGCAAGCUGGUGGCCGAGGUGUCCCUGAGGAACCCGCUCACCGUGCCCCUGUUGGACUGCAUCUUCACCGUGGAGGGGGCCGGCCUGACGAAGGAGCAGCUGUCUGUGGAGGUCCCAGACCCCGUGGAGCCGGGGGAGGUCGCCAAGGCCAGGGUGAACCUGCUGCCCAUCGACAUAGGCCUUCACAAGCUGGUGGUGAACUUCCAGUGCGACAGGCUGAAGGCCGUGAAGGGCUACCGGAACGUCAUCAUUGGUGGCCCCUAGGGCGCCCUGCCCGGCCCCCUCAGCCUGCGAGAGCCCUCACCUGACUAGUCUCCAUCCCAAGCUAAUGAGCAAGCUUUGCCCCUUAGGGCAGGGGCGGGCUGCCUGUGGGGCUCAGCAGCGGAGGGUGCCUCUGGCCACCUGGUCCCUCUGAGCCUGGCUCCCCACCCACCCGUUCCCCCUUAGCCGUGAGGAAUGUUCUGUGCCAACACAGUGGAAUCCCGGCCUUGGCCGACUGGAGCUGGAGUGAGAGGGGGCUCACACCUCCCUACCCAGGUGCCUUGGGGAAAGUCACUGACCACCAUACUGUUCGAUCCACUCCCAAGUUUCUCAGAGCAGACAAUAAAGGGUGGCUGUGCCUGUUUGGCUAGACCCAGGAGCUCAGCCCCCUGGAACGUGUCCUGCACCCAUCCCCCAGCUGCUCCCAGGCACCUGGGGCUCCUGGGAGAGGCAGAGCCAGGUGGGGUGCAGACAGGCCGGCCCACAUCCCCGCAGUGUCCUGGCCAACAGCGUCCCCACCCACAUCCCCACUGGAGGCACAUGCUGAGUGCGGUGCCUCCUGUGCUCCCUGAUGCUCACGAGGCCACCACCGACUUAGUCACCACGGGCAGCUGCAGAGCGGGAACUGCCUUCUGGAGGAGGAGACUGAGGGUCCAAGAGGGACCUCAGUCCCAGCCGCUGGCGGUCAAGUGUGAGGCUGGAGAGGCGGGGCCUGGACCAGAGUCUGGCCUGUGACUCGGAGCCCAGGGCUCCGCAGUGCCACCAGCCCUGACCCAAGAAUGCCAGCGGGGCCACGUGGGAACUGAUGGCAGGGGCCCAGCUGGGGCGAGGAGCAGGGGAGGGCUGGGGGUUGGGGAGCCGGGGUCAGGACUUGUCUCAAGCUCAGGUCUGGCCGGACGCCGCCCGCCCCUCUCUGGGCCUCCGUUUCCUCACGACCAGGAGCUGAGCAGCUCAUCCCCGAGGGCGCUUAGCCCUGUGCUUCUGUGCCUCUUAGGGUCCCGCCUUGCAGAUGGCCACCCUGCUCCACAAAGCUUAGGCCCCAGGCCCAGGACGUCUCUGUGACCGUCCUGCCCUGAGCCCCUUCCCCUGCCGGGUGCCUCCCUUCAGGCCCCAGUUCUAGGGGAGGAAUCCGGCUGCCCCUGGCCUUCCCGUGAACUUGGCCGCCUCCACUCCCGGAGCCUUCAUGGCCCAUGCUGGUCACUAGCCAACCGGGUCAGUGCCUUAGCCCCCCUUGGCAGGGCCAGCAGCCCUGGACACAGCCCUGGCCCCGAGGAAGCCUCAGGAGCCCGUGAGUCUGCCACCUCGGGUCUACCCCGCGGCUUCUCCAUGACGAGGCCUCCUCCGGGCUGGAAGGGUCUCUGCUGGGGAUGAGGUCACAGCCUCUAGGGCUUCCAAAAUCCCAGACAAGGACUUGGGGAACCUCACACCGAUGUACUAAAACUUUCUGCUUCGCAAAGGGAAGAAUCACCAAAUGAGCCGACGGGUGUGUCCUACGUGAAUAGAGCUCCACUUCUGGGUGGUUCUAUAAGAGCUUUGGGUCCUAAGCAGGCAGCGCUGUGCUUUCCCACCACGAGGCGCCAGCACUGGAAUAAAAGUUUAUUUUUCACAUUCAAACAAA